CGGGCUGUGCCUAGAGGAGCGAGAGCGUCGCCGCCGGUUCGUCUUUGCGGAGCCCGGCCGGGUCGGCGCAAGGCGGCAGGAAGGCCGAGGGCAGCCGGAUGGGAUGGCUGCGUUUCCCUCCUUUUGAGUCCCGCUCCGUACCCAGUCCGUGUUCUUCAGGCUGUCCAGCUCUGCUGCCGAUCGGUCCUUCAACUCCUCAUCCUUCAGUUUCACCAGCAUCUGCAGACCAAGAGAUGGGAGCAGCGGGAAGAUGCAAGAAGCCGAAGGAGGAGCCCAAGACCCAGCAGGAGCUGCGGGAAGCGGCCCUGCGCAUUUGGAGUCGGCACCAGAGGCUGGACCAGCUCUUGCUGGAGAAUGGAAGUUCAGAAGAUGGCAAGUCCAUACUUUCCAGUAACCUCGGCAGGGGCGGAAGUAAAAUGUCAGUUCCAGAACAAUUUGUAGUCACAGCCUUGAAGGACGAGGCCUCUGUGCUGGGAAUGCCAGCAGGAAUCUUAUCAGCCAGAAUGGCAGCCAACCUCAUUGAGAAGAUCUCUAUGGAAUCGGAUGAGACUACGCUAUUGAGUGCAGAACACAGAAAGAAGUUGUUCUGUUUGUUCCAGUCCUUGAAGGAAUUAUUAGCUUACAAUGCUUUCUGCCAUUCUGCUUUUGCUGAAGAAAUGUGGAAAACGCAGCGCCCACCUAUUUUGGAAGUCGCCUGGCACCUGCAUAGAGAGAACAUUGUUCGUUUGGAAGAAUUACUGGAGAAGAAUCUGGAGGUUCCUACACUGGUGGAUUGGUUGUCGAGUAGCCUUCGCCUCCUGUGCCAUCAGAUGGAAGAAACGGACACUGAGAUUGGCCAGAACAUUCUCACAGACUUGGCUCUGGUGCUCCUUCAAAAUGGAUUUCCAAAAACACCUGAAGCGCCCGAAAUGAAGAGAGUUUCUGAAAUCUGUUGUGCUGUGCUGGAGAGAAUGUUGGCAUGGGUGCUGGAUGCUGUGGCUACGGAGAAGCAGGGCAGGGCCUCCCCCACAGGAAAGGCGGUGAGAUGCUGGCUCCAAGUCUACAGCCUGGUGGUUUCCCGAGGCACGGCUCCACCGGAGCAUCUGCAGGCCCUCUUUGGGCACAUCUUCACCCGGGUGCUUACCUACAAUCCUCAUCUGACAGUCUCCGAUGCCAUCCAUCUGCAGAGGGAAUGGAGCUUUGCCAGGACCAGCUCGCUGCUUGCUACCUUAUACCGCAAAGUCUUCGUGGUCUUCCAGCCGGAGGAACUGACCGGGCGCUUGCAGCAGGUCCUGGAGACGAGCGAAGUAAACUGGCACCACGUCCUCUCGUGCGUCUCCACCUUCUUAGUCUGCCACUCCCAGGCAGAGCAGCUGCUUAAAGACCUCCUGGGGGGUCUCCUGCGGAAGGCCUUUGCCAACUACGACCUGGAGAGCUUGAUCACCACGUUCUUAAUUGUCCGCCAAGCAGCCUUGGAAGGCCCUGCCUUAUUCCCCCCUUACGCCGAAUGGUUUAAGCUCACUUUUGGGAAUGGCAGCAGCCUCCACGGCGGCAGCAGGAAGGCCCUCAUCUUCUUCUUCAAGUUCCUGUCGCAGCUGGUGCCCUUCGAAGCUCCCCAGUACCUGAAGGUCCACCUCCUGCACCCCCCGUUCGUGCCCAGCAAGUACCGGGCCCUCCUGCUGGAAUACACCACCUUGGCCAAAACUCGCCUGGCAGAUCUCAAGGUGUCGAUAGAAGACAUGGGCCUCUACGAGAACCUCUCUUCCACCGAGGAAGCCUCCCAGCCGUCCUGUCAAGCGCUUCAGGAUGUUGAAAAGGCCAUCCAGAUAUUCCGGAAUACUGGCAAGAUCCCAGCAAGCGUUCUGGAAGCCAGUAUUUUCAGGCGGUCCUAUUACGUCUCCCGCUUUCUUCCGGCUUUGCUUGUUCCACGAGUGCUUCCGGAAAGCCCCAACACCCGCCUAGCUUUGAUAGAAGCCCUCAAGAGGGCUGGAAAAAUCCCUCCGAAUGCAUACGCCACUUACCUGGAAGAGUGUGAGGCUGCUGAAAGGAAGCUCUUGCCAGAGGGAUCGGCUGAAAGAGAGGUGGGGGGCCCUAAGGAGCCCCUGGAGCGACUAAAGGCCGAACUCGAAGCGCUGAGGCUGCUCGUCACAGACGCAAACAAGCACAGUGCCGUUCCAGCCCAGAUGGCGGUGGUCUCUGGGAGGCUGAUGGAGGCUUUGGGAGACGUGACCGAUGGCGAUGAAGCGGCGUCCUUGACCUUGAGGGUCAGGCUGGACCUUUGGGCUCCUGAAGUUGGCGCAGCGGAUCGAAGGGCGGUGGAUCUUCUGCUGGCCUCCUUCUGUCAGGGUGUAACGGCUGCCUCCUUCUUCCUGCCUCCUGACAGGCAAGGGCCCUGGGCUUCCCUCUUCGUGAAGAUGGUCAGUGGGCACCGCCGCCUCUUGUCCCCCUUGCUGAGCCGGCUCUGCCAACUUCUCUACCACCAGGGACCUUCUCUGAGCGACGCCCACGUCCUGGGCCUGGCUGCCUUUGUGGUCCAUUUCAACGAGGCCGAGUCCCUGCUUCCCCCCGUGGACCUCGGCUUCCCCUCGGUCCCCCGUGUGGCUCUUCACACAGACCUUCCCCUCGCUGGACUCUGGGACCGUUUAUUGGCCCCCAGGGGUGGGGAUUCUGCUCUCUUCUGCUUGCGGUUCUGCACUGCAGCCGUUUCGUACUUCCUGUGCAAGUUUCCUUCCCUUCCCCACCAGCACCUUUGCUCCGUCCUUCAUCCGGGGUUCGUGAAAAAGCUCCAGUAUGUCGUGCCACGGCUUUGCUUGGAAGCGCGAGAAACGGGCUGCGGAGGGGACUCGGCUGCGUCUCCUUGGAAAGCGCUCUCCCGCCCUCCUCUCUGCCACCAAAAGGCGGCCCUCGGCUUGUGGAAACAAACCCGUUUCCAGGAACUCCUGCGGGAGGAAGCCUUCCAGCUGACCCUCCCGGAGUGGUUGAAGAUGGAGCUGCAAGUCCUCCCCGACCAAGAUCUGCUUUCUGCUAACGAGAGGCAGGAGUUCCAUUCCUGGUCUUUGCAUCAGCACUUCCUCCCGAGGCCGGUUGCAGCUGGAGGCUGUGGGGGGGACCUGCGAGAGAUGGGGGCUCUUUUCGCCAAGGCCAUUCUGGAUUCCCUUCAAAGCAGAGACUCGGAACCCUGCAGCCUCCAAAGGAAGCCCACGUGUUCCCUGGGCCCUGAGAGAGGAAACCCGGAUCUCUACUGCAGGUUUCAGGAGCUGGUGCUGGAGCUGGAGCUGGAGCGCAGGAGAGGCCGGCCGGAAGAGCACUUCCUGCUCCAGGUGUUCCAGGAGAGGCUGAGGGCCCUGGGGACCACCGGGGCCGCUCUGGGGGACCGGCUGCUCCGGCAGCGGGAGCUCCUCUCCCAAACCAGGAUCCUCUUGAGCCUCCCUCCGUCUGUCCUUGUAGCGACGCAGAAGAGAGGAGGGGAAAUCGUGGUGGCCUGUGGAGGCUUUUUCUCUUUUGUAAACGCAGAACUGAGGAACGGCUGCUCCAGAGGAUGCUCUCUGCCUUUCGACAUCACCGCACAUUUCUUCCGGGGCCUCCUGAGUGCCAGUGUGGAGUGCAGCCGCCCUGCCCAAGAGGUGACAGCCGUGCUCUCUUCGUGCCAAGCCAGGUGUCCCAUCCUCCUCUCUUCUGCUGCGCGAUGGUGGCCGCGGCUGGAGCCUGUGCUUUGCUCCCAGUGGAAGAGACUCUUCGAUGGUCCUUUGGCUCAGGGGCUGCAAAGCCUCAAGGAUUUACGGUCUUCUGUCCAGAGCUGCCUGGCAUCGGACGCAGCUUCCCUGCCCUCCAACAGGGCCUGGGUCUCCGCUGCUUUCCUCCACUUCUCCGUCCAGCAGCAAGCGGAUCCUGAAGAACAGGGAGCCGUGCUGGGAAGGCUGGGGCCGGAAGCUGAGCAGGGGCAGUUCCUGACCUACGUCCUCUUCUUCUCCGUCAUGGAUCUCAUCUCGGCAAAAGUGGCUCCACAGGAAGGAACGGAGGCCCAGAAAGUUCUGGACUGGAGCUCCCGGGUGCUUCGGCGCUUGGUGGAAGAAGGGCCUGCCUGGCUGGCUGUCUUCUGUCCGGCAGGAAAAGGCUCUGAGCUUUACGAGACCCUGCGCGACGCUGUGUCCGAUCAGCACCUGAAGAUGCUGCCGGUCGCCUUCUACAGCCUGCUCCUGGCCUUCGAUGGGGAAGAGCUUAUCAGAGAGCAAACAUUCCUGCCUGUGGCUGUUGACAUGUACACACAACUGCUCCAGCUCUUCACGGAAGGGGCCCCGGUGGUUGCGCUGAGCCAGAAGGAGCAAAGUCUGCACAUCUGCAAUCUCGGAGAUUCAUUACUGCUGAUCCAGCAAGCGCGGCAACUGCUACUCCGGGCAAUUCCACGGUCCCCUCCAGGGAGCUUCUCCAACCUCCAAGAGGUGAGUGCCCGCAUGGACAUCCAAAAGGCACGGCGGCCUAGAAGCUGGCCCUGCUUCUGUUCAGCCUUCCCGAGUGUCGAGGGCAGCACUUCCUACUCUAAUCUGGACCAUACGUGUUUACAAAGUUCCCCCAAUAAAAUUUCACUGGGGCUGCACGGAUUUCAAAUCCAGCCUUCGCUGGAGCUUUGCAGCCCUGCAGAGACGACCUCGACAGCAGGACUCCGUCGGCUCCAGCAAACUGGACGGACAGAUGUGGGCCCAGGAGGGAGUUCCCGUCUUUCCCACCCAGGAAUCCCACCUGAAUCCCCCUUCUUUGCAUGUCCUGCUGACCUCCCUCCUCUUCAUCCCUUCCUGGGACGACAGUCGCUGUCUGCAAAGGCAGUUUGGGGGACGAGAGGCAUCGGAUGUUGUCGGUGGAGUCUCGGCCUUCUCUAGUUAAAAGGAAGCCGGUUGCAAAGCCUCUGUCGGCCAGAGCAGGCCCUAAGGGCUAGCUAGACAGGCUUUUCAUCCCUCCUCCUAAGGGAGGGUGGCCUGUUUUGCCGCUCUGGCACAGCCGGACUGCUCUGCUCUAUAGUGAUUGGAAAAUGGAGGACUCGGAGGCGGUGGCUUUGGAGGAGACACCACUCAAGAGCCGUUCUUUCCUCCCAAAAGAGAACCAGCCCCCCCCUCUGCUAAAGGCUUUGCUUUAAGGCCAGAGCCACCUCAGCACCACUUUCCCUUCCCAGAUGUUGGGCCUCUGUGGGGAUCUGGACCCAGAGCUCAAGGCAGCCCUCAUCAGCACUCAAUCAGGUGAGGAUUUGCUAGAGGAAGAACUGCUU